AUGUCGAUUCAUUCCCAACACCCUGAACAAAGUCAGGAGGUUGAGCACACAUUUCCGAAAAUAUUAAGGACCAUUGAUAAUAUUGUCGACACUUCAAUGAGCAAGUGGCACGCCGUGACAGAAUCUAGAACCACCACUCUAAACUCUAAACUAAUUGAGUCGGUUAAAGCGACAGUUGAGUCAUCAACCGCUCCGCUGCUUGAGAUGAUGCAAGUCAUGGCGGCUCAGAUUGAGGAACUUACGAAAAUAAAAGCGGUCACUACUCAAGAGCAGAUCCGAGCCAAUGCGGAAAUAGCCCUUCGAAUCCAAACAGAAGAAGAAAAACAAGAACGACUGAGAAAAGAGCUUGAAGAAAAAGAUUUUAUGGUAGCACAAAAUCUGCAAAAGGAAGAAGAGGCCAAACAAAAACAAACCGAACCGGUUCAAGCUGAGCAAACAACAGGAAUGGUGACAAGGGGUCGGAAAAAGAAAAGAAAGAAAAUAGCCGAUUUGUUAUCUAGGGUGGAAUAG